UCAACGUUUCUUACAGCCACAAGAAGAAAAAGGAGCGGAACCGGAAGUUUGCUGUCGGCCAGUUUGCUUACAUUCGUCAAUAACUUAGUACUUGGCGAUCUUGGGACUGCAGAAAUGUCAGAAAGAAAAGUAUUAAAUAAAUACUACCCUCCGGAUUUUGAUCCGGCCAAAAUACCCAAACUUAAACUACCCAAAGAUCGUCAGUACGUGGUCAGAUUGAUGGCACCAUUCAACAUGAGGUGCAAAACAUGCGGCGAGUAUAUCUACAAGGGAAAGAAGUUCAACGCACGUAAAGAGACAGUCCAGAAUCAAUUGUACAUGGGACUGCCCAUCUUUCGCUUUUACAUCAAGUGCACACGCUGCCUGGCGGAGAUUACCUUCAAGACCGACCCGGAGAACACAGACUACGCCGUGGAACACGGUGCCACCCGAAACUUCCAAGCAGAGAAACUGAUUGAGGAGGAAGAGAAGCGAAUCCAGCAGGAGCGAGAGGACGAGGAACUGAACAAUCCCAUGAAGGUGCUGGAGAACCGUACGCGGGAUUCCAAGAUGGAGAUGGAGGUGCUGGAGAACCUCCAGGAACUGAAGGAGCUGAACCAAAGGCAGGCCCAGGUGGACUUUGAGGGAAUGCUCGGCCAGUACCGGGAGCUGGAGAAGAGAGAGAGGGAGCGUGAAAAGGAGGAGGACGAGAGGGAGACCAAAGACAUGUUGGAGCGAGCACUUGUGAAAAGACUGCGAGACUCAGACUCCGAGAACGAAGAGGAGACCGACAGACACGGCACAGACGUCCGAUCACAGAAAACCUCCACGAGUGAAAAUCCCACAGACAUCCUCACUGCUGAAAAAGCCACCGAAAUGAACAGGCCCGUAUCGGUAAAGAAGGCCAAGGUGGAAACUUGGGAGAAGAGCGUGGGCACGCUGGGCACGGGCAACGCUCUCGGCUCACUCAUCGUGCGGAAGAAAUCGGUGGUAACAGGUCAAAUUAAGACCUCUGCCACGAGUAUAUCAGACCCAAAGACGGAUAACCUUUCAACUCCAUCUGCUGCCGUCCCAAACGGGUCCUCCUCGCUCAGCCUGCUGGGUGCUUACUCUGACAGCGAGAGCAAUGACAGUGAAUGACGAUCAUCAUGCACAUACAGUAUAUACGUAUGGAACCAUGCGGUUCAUUAAACAUCUUUUAGCGUUCUAAUAAAUUCAUUAUGAAUGGAACUGAAUUUUUGUGAACUCUUCUGACAAACAAUAUUUAUUAUUCAUGACUAUUUCUCUUCAAUUUUUGUGUUACUGAGGACUCCACCACCCCUGUAAAUGACUGCAACCCUAACAAAUUAUAUCCAUUUUUCUAUUUUUUAGAAUGCAUUUUUACUUUCUUGGUCUCAUCUUUGUCCCAAAAGUCUCGGACUUAAGUGAGUUCUGGUCCCAAAUAGUUUGGUCUUGAGUAACGGUCGGCAACCCAAAAUACUGAAAGAGCCAUAUUGGACCAAAAUAACAAACAAAAAAUGUCAAGAGCCGGAAAAAAUUAAGCCUUAUAAUGAAGGCAAUACACGCUGUAUGUAUCGAUAUUAGCAAGGCUGGCCCAGCCUAUACGCAGACUAUGCAGCUGCUUAGGGCCCCUGACCACUAGGGGGCCCCCAAUCUGGCAACUUCAUUUUAUACGUUGUUAAUAGAGCAUCGUGAAAAUGUGGCGCGCAUUGCCGUUUAUCUAUGCAAACAUCAGUUUACUACAGUUUGCUUUAUUUGACUUUUGUGAGUUUUGAUACUUGAUUACAAGCUUAAAAAAUAAAAGUUCUUCAUUAACUUUUCCUCUUUUGGAAAACGGUUGGGCGCCAUCUACUGUAAGUACUGACAAUCAUUUGGGGUGAGAAGUUUGAAGUAUGCAGUGCAACAAAAUCUGAUUAAUAUACAAAAUAUGGAUGUAUGGGUUGGAUUGCCUGUAUGGGUUUCACAGUACACAGUGACGAAAUGGUGGGCCAAAAAUAUGGGCCCCUUGGCAUUAUUUUGCUUAGGGUCCCCCCAAAUGGCCUGGGCCGGCCCUGGAUAUUAGCUUACUAUCAAAAUGACUAAGUUGGCUAAAAAUACAUAAUGAAUCUUCAUGAUUAAAUGUUUAUUUUCCCUGCAGUGCAUUGUAUAGAGAAUGAUGCACCAUGUGACUACUCUGUUGUACACUGCCGCCUCGAGUUGAACCUCAAAACAAUAUUAAUGAAUUAGAAGAAUGUCUGUGUCAU